AUGAAAUCAAAAGAAAUAGAGCAAAACAACAAAACCAGUAAUACAAAAACGAUGCCAAGUGAAUCAGGAUUGCAGUUACAUAGAAAUGUACAUGCUUAAACUUACGUCGCAACUAAUAAAUCAGCAGUUCAGCUGUAAAACCAAAGAAGUAUAACGCCUGGAAAUAGGACCGUAAUCAUUAGAAAUUUCUAUUUGCCUAUUCAAAUUUCAAAGGUGAGGGAUGAACUUUUAAUCUAAAAAAGUGUUAAUGAGAAGGUAGAGAAAUACGAAAAUGAAAAAGAAUGGUUCUAAGGUAAAUUGAUUAAGCAACACAAAUUCGGUUAUUGCAAAUAUUACUUAAAAAAACAAUAUUAUUACGAGGGAUAAUUUUCAUGUAGUCUUAAGCAUGGAAAAGGUUUGAUUAUUUACGAAAACGGAGAUUAUUAUUAAGGAGAGUUUUUUGCUGACAAAAUUCUAGGGGAUAAUGGUAUGUUUAAAGACUUUGAGGAUGAAUGCAAAUUAAACACAAAACUUGAAAAAAAAAAACUGGAAUUCCCUAACGGUGCUGUAUACUAAGGUUAGGUACUUGAUGGGAAAAGACACGGCUAUGGAGUCUAUACUUGGAAGGAUGGCACUAAAUAUGAAGGAUAAUUUCAAAAUGAUAAAUUUAAUGGAUAUGGAGUGAUGGAAUUUGCGGAUAGUAGUAAAUUCAAAGGAGAAUGGGUCAAUGGAGAGAUGGAAGGAUUUGGACAUUAUAUAUGGCCAAAUUCGGAAGAAUACAAAGGAUAUUAUAAAAAAAGUAAAAAGCAUGGUUUUGGAGUGUUUAAGUAUAAAAGUGGAGUUGUUUAUUUUGGUGAUUUUGUUGAUGGAUUGAAUCAUGGCGAUGCGGUUCUUAAGAAGGUAAAUAAAUUGAAUGAGUUAUAAUUUGACAAUAAUUAUUAUUUGUAAAUGUUAGAAUUGCCUUUUAAGAAUCUCACCCAAUUUGAAAAAGAAUUCAAAAAUGCAUUAAAAGAAAUUCAAUCUACAGAUAGUACUCUCGAAACUCAAGCUGAAAAUAAGAAUUCUUUGAACUCUUUAUUUGUUUAAGGUUCAGCCUUUGAACGAAUUAAAUCAAGUUAAAAGUCUAAAAGCUUUGCCUAUUUUCAGUAGAAAUCAGUUGAGAAAACCAUGUAUAAAAGGUUCUUCAGCGUAAAAGAGCCUUUUGAAUAAAACAGCGACUUAAUUUAUUAUGGCCAAUUUCAGUAUGAGAAAGCUCAUGGUUUUGGUAAACUGGUUUCAAAAAAGACAUCGAUUUUAUUUGAAGGGCAUUUUAUCUUUGGCUAGAUCCACGGUUCUGGAAGAUUAAUUAUGAGUAGAGGUGAUGUAUUUGAAGGAAGAUGGUUUUUUAAUAAAAUUUUGAGCGGAACAUAUUAUAACGAAUUUUUAAAGCCUAUAAUUCAGAUAAAAGAGUUGUCAAUUGAGUUUCCCUAAGUUCGAAGUUAAAAGAACUAUCAUGGAAAUCUUAUUAACAAUAAAAGGGAAGGCUUUGGAAGAUACUAAUGGAAUGAUGGAACUUAUUAUGUUGGAGAAUUUGUGGAUAAUACAAUGUGUGGAUUCGGAAGGAUGGUUUAUCAGGAUGGAAGAAGAUACAUAGGCUUUUGGAAGAAUAAUGAAAUGGAUGGAUAUGGAGAGUUUGAAUGGCCUAAUGGACAGAUGUAUGUUGGCUCUUAUAGUAGAGAUAAAAAACAUGGAAUAGGGAUGAUAAUUUUAGAUGGAAGAGUUGCCAUUGGAGAGUUUGAAAAUGGUAAGUCCAUUUCAAAAAGCAAAGAUUUUGAUCUUUCAUCCUGA